CUGACGGUGGUGGUAAGCCCGCACUGACUCAAAGACUUCACAUGCAUGCUACUCGGCUUCUCAUCACUUCAUCAGUCCUGCCUGUCGCCCAGUCCACAUUGUGAGAAACACAUUUGUUCAUCCAUCCCGGAGGAUUUCCGAAGAAAAGAUGGCUGAUAAGAAUAAGGGAGCCGUUGCCAAAGGGCCAAAGCCCACCGGUAAGAAACUGCCUGCUGUACCAGAGUCUGUCCUCAAGCGUAGGAAGAAGAAUGAAGUGUCUGUCGCUUUGAAAAUCAAACAGGCCGCAAAGGAAAGGAGAUCGAAGCGUAACAAGCGUGUCAAGAUAUUCAAGCGGGCUGAAGACUACGUAAAGGAGUACAGGAGCAAGGAACGUGAUGAAAUUAGGUUGGCAAGACAAGCCCGUAAUCAAGGCAAUUACUACGUUCCAGCAGAGCCAAAGUUGGCUUUCGUCAUGAGGAUCAGGGGUAUUAACCAGGUCCAUCCCAAAGUAAGGAAGGCCCUCCAACUGUUCCGACUGCGACAAAUCAACAAUGGUGUCUUCGUCAAGUUGAAUAAGGCCACGAUUAACAUGCUCCGAAUCUGUGAACCCUACAUCACCUGGGGCUAUCCCAACUUGAAAACAGUCCGAGACCUUAUCUACAAACGUGGUUUCGCCAAGGUUGAUCACAGACGUACACCCCUUGCUUCCAAUUCCGUUAUCGAAGGUCGAUUGGGCAGAAAGAAUAUCAUCUGCAUGGAAGAUUUGGUACAUGAAGUUUUUACCGUUGGAAAGAACUUUAAGUACGCCUCAAACUUCCUUUGGCCAUUCAAGCUGAACACUCCUACUGGCGGAUGGAGAAAGAAGACCAACCAUUACGUAGAGGGAGGUGACUUUGGUUGCCGAGAAGAUAAAAUCAACGAGUUACUUCGUCGUAUGAUUUAAAAUUGUUUUAAAACGCCCUUUGUUAUUGGUAAUAAAAUGAAAAAAAGAGACUCGUUUCAAAGUA